UUUUAUGUAGUUGGUCCAACCCCCGCGGAGGAGAUCUCUCAAUUAUAUACCACUACACUGCCAAGAGCGCGACAAGUGCCGAAAGGAAAACUCCGGUGCGCAGAGCAAGGAAAUUCGCGUAUCUAAUCGGAACGUUCAGUUUGUUCUCGUCGUUCGGAAGGUUCGCGUCUUGAAUUGCGUUUGAGUCGCUGUCUUUGCCGUCGUCGCCCGUGAGCAUUGUGAAAGGGUCGUUUGUGCUAAAUUCCCUAAAGAAAAAUAUUCCGAAUAAACAAAAGAUCGCAACAUGUGGACAUCACCGUUAUCCUGGACCCUGAUGGUGUUAUUCUCCAUAGACACUGUACGAUCACUGGAUCUUCCCGAAUACCUACACGUCUGUCACCGGGACGACCCGAAGCUAACCGAGUGCAUGAAGGAAUCGAUCGAAACACUGCGACCGUACCUGGCCCGUGGCAUUCCGGAGCUGGACAUUCCCGCCAUCGAACCGAUCAACCUGGGCGAUCUGAUUGUGGCUGAAAGCGUUCCUGGUCAGGGAAUUAGCAUCACCGCCAAGGACAUCAAAGCCUAUGGGCCGGGCAACUUCCGACUGAAGAAACUUAAUGUUGUCGAGUACGGCAAAGUGUACACCUUCGAGCUGGAACUUCCCCACCUGUACGUCGAGGGUCGAUACGUAGUGGACGGCAGAAUCCUACUGCUACCGGUGAAGGGAGCCGGAAAGUUCACCGGAAACUUCACCCAGGGAUUCGGCAACGUGCGCAUCAAGGGAGACCGAAAGGUGAUCAAUGGUAGGAACCAUCUCUCGCUUGCCAAGCUGGACAUCAAGAUCAAGGUUGGUGACGGUAAAAUCAAGCUGGAAAACCUGUUCGGUGGAGAUCGAGUUCUAGGCGAAAUCAUCAAUCAGACAAUCAAUCAAAACUUCGCCCUGCUGAGCCACGAGCUGAUCCCGCUGAUCGAAAAAGCCCUGCAGAGGAUAUUCAAGACGACGGGAAAUAAGAUCCUGGAAAGGUUCCCCGAGGAGGUGUUAUUCCCGUGAUAGGGUGAAUGCAAAUAAGCGCUAAAACAACAGGAAAUUGGAGUUUUACUGAUAGUAGGAGGGAAAUCUGAUACAAAUGUGUGACAUAAAAAUUAAGGUUAAAAAUGAGCAAAAUGGUGAUCAAAUGUAAACUUUUGUAAUUUAUGACGCCGGAUGGGUUGACUCGUUCGGCGAGAAUGCUUUCGAGAGGUGUAAAUACAGUUAA